ACAAUUAAACAAUACCAAAUAUCAUAAUUAUACCAAAAAAAAUUACUGUUUUAAGGAUUUCUAUAUGGUAUGAUAAUUGAUAUAGGUGAUUGAGCGAAGCACCCGUUUUCUGUUUUGGAUUUUGAGAAUGAGCACUAGUGCUUUGGUUGCGGAGAAAGUGUGGAAUGAUAUUGAAUCAACUCAUUCAGUCAGCGAUGAACAACUCUCAACAUUGCAUUUCUUGUUUGGCAAAAAUUUGGAGCGAGCAAUGACAAUAGUUGAUCAAAGAGGUGUAAAAAGGAUGUUAGGUCACCCCAGUGGCCGUUCCAUCUUUCAGGUUGUAAGUGAGUCAAAGAGGAAGGAGGAAUAUUUAUGCUUUCCACAACAUUAUUGUGCUUGUUAUUCCUUCUUCUAUGACAUUGUAAACAGAGGGGAACAACUUUGUUGUAAGCAUCAAUUAGCUGCUAGACUUGCUUCUUCCUUGGGAACAUGUAUUGAUGUUAAAAUGUCUGACCACGACCUUGCUCUCAUGCUCUCACACCUUUGAAUCUCCAGCUUGCAUGCGCCUUGACUAGUCCACCGGAUACCUACAAACUGGGUAACUCUGCCCUCUCAUGCUUAGUCAAAUGGGAAGAAUCACGUCUUUUUGUAUCUGUUUGGGUUUCAGAUUUGAAUCCUGGUCUCUAAUUCAUUGACCCCUAGGCCAGAUUCUCGGUUACAAGUGUACAAAUGAUAACCAUGAUCAGUGAGUGACCUACUUUGUGGGAUUUCACUGUGUAUGUUGUUGGUGUUGAUCAAUGACCUACUUAUGCCUCUUAAUUACUUCCUACCAUUUCAGAUGUAGAGAUUUAAAUUGAAGUUUCGUUUUUGGCCUCAGAAUGAAGCAACUGUCAAAUACCUUACACAUUCUUGUUUGUUGGAAAAUAUUAGUCCUGGACGGAAAUUGAGUCCAUCACUUCA